AUGAGCGCCGGAGCCAGAAGCGCCGGAGCCACUAGGAGCGACAGACCCAGAUUGAGUGCCAGAGCCAGAAGCGCUGGAGCCACUAGGAGCGACAGACCCAGAUUGAGUGCCAGAGCCAGAAGCGCCGGAGCCACUAGGAGCGGCAGACCCAGAUUGGGUGCCGGAGCCAGAAGCGCCGGAGCCUCUAGGAGUGCCAGACCCAGAGCGAGCGCCAGAUCCAGAGGGGGCGACAGAUCCCGAUUGAGCACCCGAGCCAGAAACGCCGGAGCCACUAGGAAUGACAGAGCCGGACUGAACACCGGAGCCAGAAGCGCCGGAGCCACUAGGAGCGACAGACCCAGAGCGAGCGCCAGAUCCAGAGGGGGCAACAGAUCCCGACUGCACACCGGAGCCAGAAGCGCCGGAGCCACUGGGAAUAAUAGACCCAGAUUGGAUGCCAGAGCCAGAAGCGCCGGAACCACUAGGAAUGAUAGAGCCGGACUGAACGCCGGAGCCAGAAGCGCCGGAGCCACUAGGAGAAACAGACCCAGACCGAGCGCCAGAUCCAGAGGGGGCGACAGAUCCCGAUUGAGCACCCGAACCAGAAACGCUGGAACCACUAGGAGCAACAGAUCCAGAUUGAACGCCGGAGCCAGAAGCGCCGGAGACACUAGAAGCGACAGACCUUGA